CGCUCUGCGAGUUGGUAACUUGCCGAAGGAAGAGUCGAUGCCAGAGCAAGAGCUGCUAGUAGUUGGUUGUGGGGUUCGCAGCUGAAAGGUGCGCUCAGUUCCAAGCUGUUCGUUGCCCGGAUUAUACUCUGUGUGGUGUGCGUUCGGUUCGAUUCUUUUGCCUCGAUAAAAAUGACGAGUGAUUUGAAUUAUGUGUGAAGUGAACAGCGGUGCACUUUUAAUGGAUAUUUACAAAAAUAACGCAACCGGAGAUUAUAUACCAGAUGAUCAUCUCGUGGUGCUAGAAUGGCCGCAACCGAUGGUCAAAUAACAGUAGCAGCCGCGCGAUGGGCCGAGGAAGGCAGUUACCUCCGCGAAUUCGUCUCCAAAUACCAGCUCCCAGCCGUCGUGAAAAUAAUCAAAGGCCAAUACGGCGGUCUGGGAGUCCCCACCCUCCCUAGCCCCGGCCUCCAGUCCAGCGCCCUCCUGGUCUCUGCCGGCAAGCGCCAAAAAAUCGUAGCCCAAGCCGUCAAAAUCAAAGAAGGACGAAGACUGGUCUGCGUCGGUCCGCGUCUAGUGAUCCCCGACACCUACAGCGGCUACUUCGAGCUCCUGAGCGAGGAGGGUCGCGCUGUGCGCUGCAUCGAGAGCGUGUCCGAGCUGGCGCGGAGGCGCCCCGAAGAGGGCUGUCUGGUGCGGGAGACCAUCCGCGGGGUGCAGGCCCGGGGCGACGCCGACGCGGUGGUGCCCGAGGGGGCGCGCACGGUCCCCGCCGGAGAGGUUCUAGUCCCUGCAGGGGAAGUCCUAGUCUCGGGUUCCAAAGGCCGGUACCUGAAGUGUCUCGAUUCGAAGGGUGACACCAUUCUUCUGGGGUUGGAGCAAAGGGGCAAGUUUUCGGCGCUUGCGCGGGAGGACAAUAUCAGUGGGGUUCACACCGCCAAGAAUCUACUGAGUAAGAGGCUGCCGCUCACGGUGAGGUUGGUCCACGGGACGGCGCCCCGGGGGCUCAAGAGCCCCAGUCAUUUCGUGCCAGAACUUAGAUUACUUUCGGUGUUUGAGGAGGAGCACGUCUUCGCGCUGCCCCUUCAGAAGGACGCCCACAGCGUGACCGCCCUGCCCUUGGCAGCCCCCUUGAAGCUCCUCCGCGCCCGCAACGACGACCAGCUGAAAACGCUGCCCGAGUUCCACCGGCUGGUGGAAAAGUGCACCAAGUUGGUGGCCGACGUCGCCGACAGGAUCCAGGUGCUGGACGGCAAGUUGGGCGACUCGAAGAAGCACUCGACCCCGAUUGUCGAGCCCAAAAACAACGGGUAUUUGCUGCGUCGGAGCGCGUCGUCGGAUUCGGCGAACCACCGCACCAAGCACUCCCACCACCAUCCCAUCCAUUCGAAGGAUUACGACGAAAUCGACCAGAUUUAUGAUUACGUGCGUGGAUUCGCUCCGUUACCCAAGAACAUCCGCUCGCCCUUUUCCGACCCUUCGCCCUCGCUCACCUCGCACAGCUCCACACCUUCGCAUCCUGUCUCCGAUCUCAAGCCGGAACCGCCGCCCAUCGAGACCAUACCCACCAAGAAGAUUCAGGCGGAAAAGAGGAUACGCAAGGCGGAAAAGACGCCCCCAGGUCUCCCCAAGCUCUACGUCAAGAACGGUCAGUCCCAGCGCAGCCGCCUCCUGCGCCAGAAAAGCGCCUCCCCCAUGAAGGAGACCCCCCCAAGCCCCAUCUCCAAAUCCGGCUCUCCCCUCUUCAACAUCCGGUACAAAUCCCUGAACAACCUCCAGGCCAUGGAGCUGGACGGCACGCUCGACUCGAGCAAUUCCGGCGGCCGCGCCUCCGGGGACUCCGGCGGAGUGGUGAAACAGCCCGAGAAGAGGUCCCGGAAGCUGUCGCGACCUCGCAGCUUGACCAACUUAGUCUGGGAAAUCCGGGAACACCCCGACAUUUCGAUGCCAGUCGUGGACAAACCGAAGAAAAUCGAACCAGCGGCCAUAGUCUAUAAGAAGCAUUCCAAGUAUUCGAUUAACGGACCCAGUCAGCGCAGGGGAACGCUCUAUUUAUAAAAAGUAUGUACCCUCCAGCUUAAGCUGUUUGUGAUUUGUGUAUUGUAACUUUUUUUAAAGUUCUGUUUAAGACUUGUGAUUUCUAGUUUGUAGAGGAGUUAUUUAAAGUGAACGGUUUGUGAUAACGCUCUGCUUGAAAUGACGCGACUAAAAGUCCAGUCCCUUCAGAGAUGAAUAAAAUUAUUUGAGUGAAUUUUGGUCGCGCCGGAAGUGGGGUCUUUGACUGGCUAAAACGUCUCGAAAAGUGUUUAUUUAUGCACACGAUGAUGCAGUGACCGUUAGAAAAAUGGUGUAAAGAAAUUUCGUCUUGACUGUAGCUGCGACUAAUUGAUUUCAAUUUCGACUCGUUUAAUUUUAAUUAGCUAUGCUCUAGUAAUGUUGUUUUUGCGGCUUUUCGAGUUACCAAUAAGGCGCAGGAAGAAAGCGCUAGUUUCAAAUGGAUUCGUUAUCACUAAAUUGUUUUGCCAUAAUUUUGUAAUUAGGCAAAGUUACUGAUGCUUAUUUUUCAUCUGUGAUGAAACCAUGUCGUUUUUUAUACCUUAUUUAGUUUUGUAAGUUUAAGUUUUUCAACGAAACACAAAUGCCUUUGAAUUGUGCUUUAGGCAUGCAAACUUGUAGUUAAUUGUUUGUAUUCCGAAUAUAGAAAUGCAAAUUGUCUAUGUAUUUUUGGAUCCUCAAAUUUAUCACUGUUUACCGAGCGUCGAUGUAUAUUUAUUCAGCAGUUUGUAAAAUAUAUUGAAAAUAAAGAAUUUGUGUUUA